AUGGAAGAGGCCCCAGAACUAUUGGUGAUAUAUCACACACUUAAUUUGUCUACUCUUAAAGCUGAUUUGGAGGGUAUCGCCGUGAACACGAAUCAGUCUAUGUUAGGUCAGUUACUGAUGCACGCCCACAAGGUGUUUCACAUAAUGUCUAUGUUAGCUUUUCACCCAGAUGAUACUACUUUUGGCUACCUUUCAUGUCAAUAUGCACCAAAAGGACUCGAGAACAAGAUAAUUGAACUACAAGACUUGGAAUUUAGGUUCAGUUUUACUACUAAAUCAAUGUUUAUUUGUGAUGGCUGGUUUGACAACCAAAGCAGAAACUCUAUUUGUCAUGUUAUUGAAGCUGGGGUAUGGUCACUAUAG